AUGUCACCCACCAUUGAUGAGCAGUACUCCCCUAAUUUGGAUCUCCGAUCAAAGCGUAUAGCAGGAGAGGAGGAAGUGGAAAUGUCGAAAAAAGGAGGAAGCGGCUCUUCGUUUCAAAAGGACGUGCCAUGGAGAGCGUCUUCUUCUUCUAUGAAACCCCUCCCCAAAAUUCACCACUCUCCACUUCUUUGCGUCUCCCAAACACCCGCCACCGAUUACGCCGUCUCCGUCAUGAGGCAUCCAGACCCUAUAGGGAGUGGAUUGGGUGAUGAGGCCAUAGUGGAAGCAGCUGGUCCUGACUGCCUCGUACCUGGCCAGAAAAUGCCCCUCCAAUUACUUGGCCUUCAGGUCUGGCCAAUCCAUGUUGACCUGAAGUUUUUGGAACCAGUUGGGCGAGAACUUAAGAUGCUUGGAAAGUUCAUGGAUGAUGCCGUUGAGCUAAUGAACAAAUCAUUCAUAGAGCGUUGA